GUCCUAUUGUAGACACUUCGUGGCAAUUCUCGAACCCCCUCCCACUCCCCGCUACCGACUACGGUAAGCCUUCUUUCCACUAGCGUGGCACUCGUUCCUCCCUAAGCGGCAAACAAAGCCAACUUUCUCACUCCAUCAACCAACACUCUGUUUUUAAUCUCGUGACAUGCCUCGCGCGCCGCCUCCAUCUUCCCCGCCUCCAUCUCCCCCGCCUCCCUUUCCGCCGCCCUCCCCUCCACCCGCAAUCACGAUGAGCACCCCGCCGCCCCCGCCAACCGACCUACUGGGGCACCAGGAUUCCCCCGCCGCAUCAUCAUCCACCGACCCCGACCCCGACCACGGCAUUACCCCCCUCUUCUCCUACCGCGACGCCGAGCGACAAUACUACCGCCGGUCGCAGCCGGAGAUGCGGCUAUACUACGACCCACCACCGUACUCGAAGCCACGGACCGCACGGGACCUCAACCUCGACUACGGCCACCGGCUCACGGCGCUGCAGAUGAGCACCAUCGCGUACAUCCUGCACAUGCGUGCGCAGUGCCGCGCAGUGCAGGGCGAGGGCCGGUACCCUGAGAUCGACGAUCGCCUGAAGGCCCUUGGAGUCGUGUUGAGGGAGGAAAGGAGGCAGUUGCAGCUCGCGGUGGCGCUCGUUGAGAAGUAUGGGUUUGGUUUUGAGGGGGCCGAGGAUGAGGAUGAGGACGAGGACGAGGAUGAGGGAGAGGAGGGCGAGGAAGAGGAGGGCGGGAAAAUUGAUGGUGGGAUGGAUACGGAGCGGAGCGAUGUUCAGUCCGUGGAGAUGAGUGCGAAGUCAGACAGUGAAGCUUCCAGCUCGGAGUGGGGUGGUAUCGGGGAAGCUUCCAAUGCUGACAGCGAUUUUUCCAUGGCGGCGGAUGCGGGGUCGGACGGCGAAGCUUCUACCUCAGAGUGGAGUGGCAUCCACGAUACUUCCAACGCGGAGCCGGGCAGUAACGGCGAGACUUCCAAUGUCGACAGCGAUGUUUGCAUGGUCGAGGAUGCAGAGUCGGGCGGCGAACCUUCCAGCGCGGAGGGGAGUGGCCACGGUAAAGCCUCCACCGCGGAUGGGAGUGACAACGGCAAAGCCUGCUCCGCGGAUGGGAGUGGCGACGGCAAAGCCUGCUCCGCGGAUGGGAGUGACAACGGCAAGACUUUCUGGGUCGAACGGGAUCGUGAGUCCGUGGCGGCGAAUGCGGGGUCUGACGACGAAAUGUCCACCUUGGCGCGGAGCGGUAUCGACGCAACCUCCAAUGCCGACAGCGAUUUUUCCAUGGCGGCGGAAGGGGAUGCAGAGUCUGACGGCGAGAGUUCCACUUCCUCCAGGAAUGGGUCGAUGGCGGCGAACGCCGGCUCGGUCUGCGAACACCGUGUGUCCAGCGCGAGGUCGGACCCAGACGAGGAUGAAUACAUCUACGCGCACUGGGUAGGAAUAGACAGGAGCGUACUAUACAAGCACUUCCCGCACUGGCGGGACGUCGACCUCUACCCGCGCGCUGUGCGUACCGCCGCACCAGACUUCCACCAGCAAGGAGUGCCGGUCGAGCAGGUUGUCCGCAUGAACUUCGGAAACAUUGCGAGACGCCAGUAUGGUUUCGACUACUUCUCGAGGGGUGGCGCGGGAUAUGUCAGGCUGUUCCGUACGAUGGAGGUGGUGGACGUAAUGGAGGAGGAGUAUGCUUCUGAGCUGUCGCAGUGAUGUGGUGUACUUCGUAGUGUUGCCGUGAUGAUCGGGGUGAUACGUUUUUUUUCUCGCGGAUGAUGCAUAGAUGGAUAGGGGAGUGUACUCUGUUUUCUACUGCGAUUCGCUACG